CCCUCUUCCGGUUCCGGCGGCUGCUAUUGUUGGAAGAUGGCUGUAACGGCGGGCGGACGGCUGCUGGCGCAGCUGGGACGGGUUCGAGCCCCGCCGGAGCGGAUGCUGGCCACCACCGCCGCCCACAGCGAGCACGGCUCAGGCCGCUUGUGGAGGACGCUCACCUUUUUCGUGGCGCUCCCCGGGGUGGCCGUCAGCAUGUUGAACGCCUACCUGAAGUCGAAGGAGCACCACGAGCGGCCAUCCUUCGUCCCCUAUCCCCACCUCCGCAUCCGGACCAAGCCCUUCCCAUGGGGAGAUGGGAACCAUACUCUAUUCCAUAACCAUCACCUCAAUCCUCUGCCAACCGGUUACGAGGAUGAGUAAAGAAAACUUGGACCAGACUAAUCAGGCGCUGGGGACCACAGCAGCUAUUGGACCAUCAUUCAUUCUCCCUGUAUGUGGAUCAGAAAAUUCUAUGGGACCUUAAAGUUCAUUAACUUGCACCUCACAGUGACAAAUGUGCUUAUCUUUUAUCAUUUUGCUUGUGAUUGGGAUGGCGUAAAUAAAUAAUUCUGACUUUA